GGAAGUUAUGAAUUUUAUUUGGACGAGGAUGGAAUAACAAAAGAAAAAGUAGAUUUAUAAAAAGAAAAUCAAAAAAGUGAGAAGACAUUUGAAUUUAAUGUUAUGAGGUGAACUACGAUGAAAUAGACUUUUCUUCCUUCCAUUGACGAACUAAUAGGGAACGUAUUUCCAUGUGGUAGCUUAAUAACUUUCUUCUCCAGCACUCAACCGUCCUCUAAGUUUUGUGAAUUGCGCGGGGGCGUUUUGUAUUUUUCCCUUUCCUUUUUACUAUUUAAACCACAUUUUUGUCAUUUUUGCUCAUCCUUAAUAAAUUUGCAUUUUGUUUUGUUUUUUCUUGCGCGCGUCUUCUCCUUACUAUUUUGACAUUCCAUUUCUCCCAACCUUUUUGUUUACAUUUUCUUUCCACAUGGCAUUGAGUUGUUUAUCCUUUCCCCAUUUCUAAUAAUUUUCGUUUACUGUUCCCCAUUUACUAUAACGGACUGUUGUUAUUAUAUAUAUCCAUUACUUUUUCCUCGUUUUCAAAUCCUCUUUCUUCUUUUAUAUUUCGCUUUUCUCCUUUUUAAGUUUGUGUUAUUGUACGGCAAUGGGUGAUCCAACUUGCUAGCAUUUAAUAUGCUUAUUAGGCGGGUGUUUAAAUUAUUUUUUUGUGUUAUAGUCCCAUCCUUGCUUCUUCCAAAUUCUGUUUGUUUUAUAUUUUAUUAUUUUUUGCAUUUCUUUUCCCCUUUUCCCAAAACUGCCCUUAUAGUCAAUCUUUGUUUUUGUUUUUUGCUUCUAGUCUUCCUUUCUUCCACUCAAUUCAAUUUCGCACCUGCAUCUUUUAUGGCAUCAACUUCUUACUUCUUUUCCACCCGUUCUCUUUCCAAAAUUCACUCUGCUUCCCAGUCCACAAUCACUUCGAAAAUUUCCAUCUCUCCAAAAUAUUUCAAUAUAAUUUUAUUAAUGGUUCUUCUCCAAUAUUUAAUCUUGAUCAUGAUGAUUACUUCCAUUUUUUAA